AUGGCAUGUUCUGAAGAAAGGGCUGAGAAGAAAGCCAAAGGUGAGAGCACAUUGGGACCAAACUGGCUUGAACUUCCUAGAGAAGUCACUGCAAAGAUUCUACACAAGCUUAGUCCCUUUGAAAUUUUGAACGGUGCAAGCCCUGUGUGUCCUUUAUGGUGGGAAAUCUGCAAGGAUCCUAUCAUGUGGCGCACCAUUGACAUGACUAACCCCCCUCCCUACCCACACUCCAAAUUAGUUGGGUUUUGUCGUCUUGCCAUUAAACUUAGUUGCGGUCAUUUAGAAGACAUUAGUAUUGAGGAUUUUUGCACCAAUAAAAUCCUCAAAGACAUUGCUGAUAGUGGAAGUCACCUACGACGGUUGCGGCUUCUGAAAUGUGAGAAAAUGUAUGAUAAAGGAUUGAGUGUGGUUGUGAAGAACCUUCCAAUGUUGGAGGAGUUUGAAAUUUCAUUUGGUGACCUAUCUACGUAUAAUUUGGAAGUUUUGGGCAAAUGCUGCCCAUAUUUGGAAGUGCUGAAAUUUAACAAGAAGGAAAAUAAAGAAUACCAGUGUGAUGAUGAGGCAUUUGCUAUUGCGAAGACUAUGCCUCGGCUACGCCAUCUCCAGCUUCUGGGAAACAGGCUCACUAACCAAGGCUUGCUUGCCAUUCUUGAUGGAUGCCCUUGUCUAGAAUCUCUUGAUUUGCUUGUUUGUUCCAAUGUUGAUUUAAGCGGAAGUUUGAGGGAAAGGUGUUGGAAGCAGAUUAGGGAUUUACGUUUCCCGGAAGACUUGAGUGAUGAAGUUGGCAUCUAUGUUGAAGAUGAACAGGUUAAUUAUGAUGAUUAUUAUGAAUGUGACUGUGGUUGUGAUCGUGAGCCACGCAAUAACCGGCGAAAUGACCCGGCAUAUGAAGCAUAUCUUGUGGAGCAGUACUAUGCUUCAUUAUGAUUCAUAUUUAAGUUAAGUAAUCUUAUGUUCUUUUUGGAUAUGUUGAUCACCUGCAGGUAAUGUUCUA